CUGGAAAAUCUCUGGAAGCUACGUCAUUCUCCAAGGGAACUGAGAGUGCAAUAAUGACUGGGGACAAAGGUAUUCUUUCUGAAGAAAGGAAACAUCUCCUAGCUGUCAAAAAAGUAGAGCUUGAAAAGCAAAUUCAAGAAAGAGCUGGUGCACAAGCUUCGUCAACUACUUCUUUUCAGCAGCAAGAUUCCUCUAGUACAAAGGGUGAUGUUGACAGUGGUAAUCUUCAGUAUGGAGACCAUCAGUCUUGGGGACAAACAUCACUCUUGGGGACAAAAGAAUUGGAAUCAAAACUAGUGUUAUGGAAGAAAAGGCCACAGCCUGUAACAUGCUUUGCUGUUAUGCUGAUGAGUUGAAGGAAGGAUUCUUUCCAUGGAUUGAUCAGGUUAGACUGGGAACACUAUAAAAGUUAAUAACACCUUUACAUAUUGCACUUUGUUUAUAGAAACAUC